AAUUUAUAAGACGUUACCUUGUAUGAUUAAGUCAAAGACGUAAUAGCAGCGAUUCUGUUAUUAUCGAUGUCUUUAGUUGUUAUAAAGUUUAAGUUAGAAUCUUAUUAGUUAUAUAAUUUUGUAAAUAAGUUCCAGAAGUUAGUUAUAUCAGGUUUUAGAAAUUAAUGUGCAACAUAAGUAAUUUAUAAAUUUUAGAAAUAAAAAUAGAAUAAAAAAGUAAAUAAAUAAAAUUACUCAUUUGGAAGUAUUUUGUAUAACAAGCAUGCAAUUGCGUGAUUCAGCGAAAAGAGACAGCUAAGCAUUUUAAGUAGGCUAUUGGGUCAAGCGCUCUACAAACAACAACGUUACGUAUGAACGAUGUGGAAAAAUACUUUUUGUACUGCAAGAUACUUCUUUACUUUAUAAGAAAAAAAAGAAAAAUAAUUAUAGCUUGAGAUGAGAGUCUAGCAUCACACGUUGUUUCAUAUUACGUUACAUAACUCGUGUUAACUAAAAGACGGAAAAAAGUUAAAGAGACUUUUAAUUCGUAAACAAUGAUUUUUGCUUUAUUUUUAUUGAGUGUUUUUCUUGUCUUACUAUAUUAUUCGUUUCAAUAUGUAAAAUUUGCAAAAUUGAUUAAUAAGAUACCGGGUUUACCGUCACUUCCAAUAAUUGGCCAUAGUAUAGAUUUAAUAUGUUCACAAGAAGAUCUUUGGAAACUUCAGCGUUUGUGUUGUAAAACUUAUUAUCCAAUGUACAAAUUUUGGCUUGGUCCGAUUGCUUUUGUAAGCGUCCACGAUCCAGAUGAUUUAGAGAAAGUAUUAAGUAGCCCAAAGGAACAUCUUUCAAAAGGUUAUAUGUAUACUUUCUUCAAACCUUGGUUAGGUACUGGAUUACUUAUUAGCGAAGGGACCAAAUGGCACAAAAGGCGAAGGAUACUGACACCUGCGUUUCAUUUUAAAAUAUUGAAACAGUUUGUUGAAAUUUUAAUCAAUGAAGGAAAUCGUAUGACAAAAUCUUUGAAAGAUAUCAAAGGAUCAGUUGAUGACUUAAUGUUUUUUGUCAGUGAACAUUCAUUGAAUGUAAUAUGUGAAACCGCUAUGGGUACUUCCUUACGAGAAAUGGGCAAAUUCGAAUAUCAAUAUCGUGAAGCAGUCCACGAAAUUGGAAAGAUUAUAGUUUACAGAGUAAUGAGACCUUGGUUGACUCCUGAUAUAAUAUUUGCAUUAACAUCAGAGGGUAGAAAGCAUGCCAAAUACUUAAAAAUAUUGCAUAGUUUCACCGACAAAAUUAUUGCAGAAAGAAAAAAAUAUCAUGAAAGUACUGAUGGACGAUUCUUGAUAAAUAUUAACAACGAUAAAAAUAUUGCAGACGAUGAAGUGACAGAAGUUACGAAAAAGCGGCUCGCUAUGUUGGAUCUUCUGAUAGCGGUGGCUCGCAAUAACGAAAUGAAUGAUUUGGAUAUUAGAGAAGAAGUCGAUACCUUUAUGUUCGAAGGACAUGAUACCGUAGCAAUGGGUCUGACUUUUGCAAUAUUAAUGCUAGCUGAACAUAAAGAUGUACAGGAACGUAUUAGAAAUGAAGUUAGUGCACUUAUGCAAGCAAAUGAAGGAAAGAUUACUAUAUCAACGUUAAAUGAUAUGACAUACUUGGAAAGAUGUUUAAAAGAAUCGUUGAGGUUGUAUCCUAGUGUUCCUUUCAUUUCACGAGUUCUAUCAGAAGAUGUGAAUAUGAAAUCAUAUUUGGUGCCUUCUGGAACAGUGCUACAUAUAAAUAUCUAUGAUAUUCAUCGAGAUCCAAACUUCUGGCCAAAUCCAGACGUAUUCGAUCCAGAUAGAUUUUUGCCUGAGAGAAUUCAAAAACGUCAUCCUUAUUCUUACUUACCAUUUAGCGCAGGACCACGAAAUUGUAUAGGACAACGAUUUGCUAUGAUGGAACUAAAAGCUAUAAUGGCAUCAUUAAUAUAUAAUUUUUAUCUGGAGCCCGUCGAUUAUUUGAAGGAUCUUCAGUUUAAAACAGAUAUCAUAAGCCGUGUUACAAAACCAAUUCGUGCACGAUUUGUCCCAAUCGAUCGUACUGAUUCAUUCAAAGUCAUGUAGUUUUAUUUAAUAAUAAAAUUAAAAAAUCUUUAGAUAAGAA